UGGCCAAAUUAGGUAAGAAUGAAGAUUGUUAUAGCAGUCGCGUGCCUUCUGGUGGCGCUUUGCUCCGCUGAGGAGGCGUCUUCUCGUUGCGACGCUUCGCUGACUACAGCUAGUGGAUCGAAGGCCUUACCCGGUCCGUACUGUUCCGGGGACUUGAUCUUCGAGGACAAUUUCAACGAAUUCAACUUGGAAACCUGGGAACACGAACGAACUCUUGGAGGUGGUGGGAAUUGGGAGUUCCAGGCGUACGAAAACAACCGGGCCAACUCUUUCUGCGAGAAUGGAAUUCUGAACAUUCGACCGACCUAUUUGGCGGACGACACUGGAGACGCUUUCCUGAGCAGUGGAACAUGGAGUCUGCAUGGUGCCCAACCUGCCGAUGUCUGCACCGGACAAAGCUUUUUCGGUUGUGAACGUGUCGGAAAUGCUAACAACUUCUUGAACCCAAUCAGAAGUGCUCGUAUUCGUACAGUAGACUCGUUCAACUUCAAAUACGGCCGCAUGGAGGUUCGUGCCAGAAUGCCAACUGGAGAUUGGCUGUGGCCCGCCGUUUGGCUUCUGCCGAAAGUUCAGGCCUACGGAACUUGGCCAGCUUCCGGUGAAAUCGAUUUAGUAGAAUCUCGUGGCAACCUGGACCUUCGUCUUGAUGGUGUUCACAUUGGUAACCAACAAGUAGGAUCAACCCUUCACUUUGGACCGAACCCUAAUCAAAAUGGUUACGCAACCACCGUCAGCUAUACCAAUAAUAAUUCCGGUUUCAACAAUGCUUUCCACAAUUAUGGCCUGGAAUGGACUCCUGAUCAUAUUACGUUCACUGUAGAUGGGCAAGUUCUACGCCGAAUUGAUGCCGGUUCUGGAUUCUGGGACAGAGGUAACUUCCAGACAAGCAGUCCCAGAUCGGAAAAUCCUUGGGUCAAUCGACCUGCUAUGGCACCGUUCGAUCAAGAAUUCUACAUUCUCAUAAACUUGGCCGUUGGAGGAACCAAUGGUUUCUUCCCGGAUGCUGCAAUCAAUGGAAACCGCGGCAAACCCUGGUCUAAUACCUCACCAACUGCUGCUCGUGACUUCUGGAAUGGAAGAGGAUUCUGGCAACCGACAUGGAACACCAGCAGGGGAGGAUCAUCUUCAUUCCUGGUUGACUACGUCAGGGUAUGGGCUUUGUAA